GCGGCCGCCUCCAAACCCCACGUGGAGAUUCGCCAGGACGGGGACCAGUUCUACAUCAAAACUUCCACCACUGUCCGCACCACGGAGAUCAACUUCAAAAUCGGGGAGAGCUUCGAGGAGGAGACGGUGGAUGGCCGAAAAUGCAGGAGUUUGGCCACUUGGGAGAAUGAAAACAAGAUCUAUUGCAAACAAACUCUUAUUGAGGGAGAUGGUCCUAAAACAUACUGGACUCGAGAACUAGCUAACGAUGAGCUGAUUUUGACCUUUGGUGCUGAUGAUGUUGUGUGCACAAGAAUUUAUGUAAGAGAGUAGAAACAUCCAUUUACUUGUCAGCUGGGAUGAAGUGGAGAGCUGUGGAAAGCCCCAGUAGAAUGAGUAUUUGUGUGUGCUGUUAUAAUGCGGUGUUGUAUGUGACCGUGUGUGUUAUAUCUGAAUCUGUAUCCUGUUAAGUGUAUUUUACUUUAUUUUUCAUCACAGAUGUUACUCCUUUCUCACUUUUAUGUGGUCAUUUUUUUUUGCGUCUGCUUUGUACUCUGUAGUUGUCAUUUGCAAUGGUUUUACCAAUUAUUAAACUUAUUGGGCAUAA